AUGGCACCACUCAGACCAGGAUUUUACCCCCUAAUAUUGCUCCUGCUGCUGGGACUGUGGGUGACUGAGACCCCAGUCAGUGCCAAGCCCAAGUACGUGACCUCAUCUCAGUGGUUUGAAACUCAGCAUGUGCAACCCAACACACAAGCAUGCAACUCAGCUAUGGGUCAAUUCAACAACUCCACAAAACACUGCAAAAACCUCAACACCUUCCUGCAUGAAUCCUUCUCCAGUGUGGCCACCACCUGCCAGACCCCCAACAUAACCUGCAAGAGUGGCCAUGAAAACUGCCACCAGAGCCCAGGCCCUGUGUCCCUCACCACAUGUGAACUCACCUCAGAGAAGUACCCGAACUGCAGGUACAAAAAGAAGCAUCUGAAUGCCCCUUACAUAGUGACCUGACCUCCCCAAAAAGGGGACUCUGGGAAACUCCAGCUGGUUCCUGUGCACUUGGAUAAAGUUGUCUAA